AUGGGACCACGCCCUUGUGGCGGUGGUGCUUUGGAAUGUGCGGCCCUUGACACAACGGCAGUCGACUGGCUGUUGAAUGCAAAAGGCUGCUCAGGAACCCGCUGGGCAGUGCUGACAACAAUUAACGGACCAACGCCUGCUGUACAGCAGUUGGCUGAGGCUGAUGGAUGGUGCAUUGCGGUCAUCAGCGACCUGAAGGGGCCAGCGAGAUACGACCUUCCACGUGCUUCUUCUCAUGGCCUUUUUUUCUUGAACGCGUCCCUUCAGAAAAAGCUGGCUGCGGACAGUACCUUUGUGUCUUCCAUCCCGUGGAAUCACUUUGGGCGGAAGAAUUUGGGAUAUCUCGUUGCAAUUGCCCGCGGUGCGCAGGUGAUUUGGGACUUUGACGAUGACAAUCUAGUGACUGCUGGUGACUUUCCAGACUUUCCAAGAGGUUUGGAUUCCGGCAUUUUGCAGGUCUUAUGGACGCCCGGGCCGGGGGCACAUCUAGGGAGUGGCGGCGUCUUGAACAUCUAUUCAGCGCUUGGGUGCCCUGUUUGGCCAUGCUGGCCACGUGGCUUCCCGCUCUCCCUGGCGCGGUCCAGAGCUCCAAACCGCAGUGAGUGGCUCCAGAGCAGCGAGCUGAGCAAGCCCAGCAAGCGUGUGGCCGUGCUGCAGUCUUUGGCGGACAAGGACCCCGACGUUGACGCAAUCUUUCGCCUGACUUCGCCCAGCGCCACGGAGAUCUACUUCCAGCCGCCGGGCAAGGAAGUCCUGGCUUUGCCAGCCUUCACAUUUUGCCCGGCCAAUGCGCAAGCAGCCUUGCAUCGGCGAGAUGCCUUUUGGGGGCUCCUUCUGCCAAUGACAGUCUCUGGACGAGUUUCUGACAUUUGGCGCAGCUAUCUCAUGCAAAGGCUCCUUUGGGACGUUGGGCUGCUACGAAUGCAACGAUGA